AAGAGUGUUUCAGGAAGUUAAAAAAUGAACAUAAUUUAGGCUUUUUUUUCGCUAGCAACCCACAGGUAUCUUGUUUCCUUAACUUUUAGUUAAACGUGCAGACAUGGCUGUGGACUGGUUUGGAUAUGGUUAUGCCACUCUAAUAACGAUAGGAGGUAUUGUUGGUUAUGCUAAAGCAGGUAGUUUUAUCUCUCUGGUUGCUGGCCUGAUGUUUGGCAUUGCAGCAUUUGUGGGUGCUUAUCAGAUGUCAAAGAAUGACAAAGAUAUCUGGGUUUCACUGGGCACCUCUGGAUCACUGACCGCUCUGAUGGGAGUGAGAUAUUUGAGUUCUUGGAAGAUUAUGCCAGCUGGACUCAUGGCAGGAGCAAGUUUGUUGAUAUUCCUGAGGAUUGGCGUGAAAGUGCUACAAAAUUCACGAAAGAAGAGAAGAUGACCACAUUCAGAAACUGUUCUUGCGGAUCCAGAGGAGAUACUGAAAUAGCUUCAUUAGAAUUUUUAUACGUGUGAGAAUGACAAUAAAAUUCAAUUUGGGGUCAUACGGAAGUGCAUUCAUAACUGAAGAUGAAUAAAUAAAAGCAUAUAAACUGUA